AUGACAGCACUCGAUAUAUUUGCGGGUGUGGAUAUUGGGGGAACGGGUGUCAAAGUAGGCAUUGUGACAUCCAAAGGGUCUGUCGUGGCACGCGAACAAGAAAACUACCAUCCGGAUAAGCACGAGCCACAGGACGUUGUGGAUCUAGCUGUCUCAAUGCUCCACAAAGUCCUCAAGACGAGCUGUUUGAGAUUGGAAGACUUGGAUGCUAUCGGAGUAGGCUGCCCAGGUGUCCUGAAAGCUGGUGGCGUCAUCCAUGCUGCUGCCAGCUUCCCGUCCUGGACGGAUGUACCGCUCCAACAAUUGCUCACAGACAAAAUUGGUAGAUCGGUUACGGUGGGCAACGAUGCGGAUGCUGCAAUUCUGGCGGAACAAUGGGUAGGCGCGGCUAAGGGGCAAGUCAAGGAUUUUAUCAUGCUAACUCUUGGUACAGGUGUAGGCUUUAGCAUCGUCGCCAACGGUCAACUUGUGCGUGGUGGCAGUAAUGCCAUUGAAGGGGGACACAUGAUUGUAGAACGUAAUGGAAGACAGUGUGGUUGCUCUCAAAGAGGAUGCCUUGAAGCGUACACCUCGGCUAGCGCACUGAAGUCGCAAGCUCAGGAACAUCUACGCGCUGGAAAAAAAUCAAGCCUGUCGAAAUAUUUUGAAGCGGACAUCAACGCUGAGUUGAUAUUCAAGCACGCUGCUGAAGGCGACGAACUCUGCAAGCAUGUCAUCCAUGAAGCUGCCGACUACUUGGGUUUUGCCUGCGUUACUUUCUGCCGAAUGUUGGAUCCAGAGAUCAUUGUGUUAUCUGGAGGAAUCGCCGAGGCUGGAGAAACCUACAUCAAGCAGAUUCGUCUUGCUUACGCAAAGCACUCAUGGACGACUUUUCCCAACCCAGUUCGCAUUGAGAAGGCGAUUGCAGGGUAUGACUCGGGCAUCAUUGGUGCUGUCGCAGUGUGCAAACCCCAGCGAGACGCUUUAGCAAAUAGCUGUAUGUAG